GUUCCUUGUUCCUUUCACACGACUGCAACUUCGUCGGCUGUACGUCCUGAAGUCCCGCUGCGUGCACACUUCACAAGGUGAAGGGAACAGUUGCUCUAAAGAGACCAGCGCUAGUGAGAGCGAACAUGGCCAAGUACCAGCUGGAGGUCACAACAGGGGACUUGUGUUUAGCCGGGACGUUUGACUACGUCUACAUCACCCUGAUCGGUGAGAAGGGUCUGAGUGAGAGGACUUCUUUGGACAACUACGGCUUGGACUUCCAACCUGGGGCUGUGGGAAACUACACUGUCAACAGCGACAAAGAUCUGGGUCAGAUUCUACUGGUGAAGGUGGAGAAAGAUCCCUACUUCUUCUACUCAUCGGAGGAUGAAUGGUACUGCGCCAAAAUAGUGGUGAAGACUCCUGGGGGGGAGUCCAUCUCCUUCCCCUGCUACAGAUGGGUGUCCAGGGGAGAAUUUGUGGAGCUUCGCAGCGGGAAAGCUGUGAAGGCGUCUGAGGAAAAAUACCCGCUCUUGAUCAACCACAGGAAAACUGAACUGGUCAUGAAAAGAGGCAUUUACAUAUGGAGCGAGGACGAGGCGGGGCUUCCUCACACCAGCAAACUAAAGCUGGCCGAGCUUCCAGCUGAAGUGCUCUUCACUGAUGCCAAGACCAGGGACUUGAAGCAACAAAAACAAAUGCUAGGCAUUGAGCUGAAGAUGAAAGGGCUGGUUGGGUCGGAUGAAAGAUGGAAACAGAUCCAAGACCUGAAGAGGGUCUUGUCCUACAAAAAGACAUUCAUUUCAGAGUAUGUUGAGCAGCACUGGAAGGACGAUGACUUCUAUGGCUACCAGUUUCUCAACGGCGUGAACCCUUGUCUGAUCAAGCGCUGCUCACAGCUCCCGCCAAACUUCCCAGUCACUGAGGAAAUGGUGAAACCAUUCUUGAGAGAAGGCAGCACUCUGGAGAAGGAAAUGAAGGAAGGCAACAUAUUUCUCACCGACUACAGGAUAUUGGAGGGAAUACCGACACGAAGUUAUGAGGGCAAACGUCUGCAUGUCACUACAGGCUUCUGUUUGUUCUACUUGAACAAGGAGACGCAAAUGAUGCCGGUGGCGAUCCAGCUCUGUCAACAACCAUCAGACAAGAACCUCAUCUUCCUGCCGAGCGACUCCGACAGUGACUGGACGUUGGCCAAGAUGCACAUCAGAAAUGCAGAUUUCCUGAUUCACCAGUCGGUCGUUCACUUCCAGAACACUCACGGUCUGGCUGAAGUCUUUAUUGUGGCUCUGGUUCGCUGCUUUCCAGUCGUCCAUCCUGUUUACAAGUUGCUGAUUCCGCACUGCAGAGGAACUUUGUAUAUCAACCAAGAUGGACGGAAAGUUCUUCUGGGACCGACGGGCCCAUUCGCUAAAAGUUCCCUUGGACUAGAAGGCAUAACGGAGCUCAUGAAAAAGUGUCUCGCGGAGAUCACCUACAGCUCCCUCUGUCUGCCGGACGACAUCGCCGACCGAGGCCUGGAGUCGGUCCCCAACUUCUACUACAGAGACGACGGCAUGAAGCUGUGGAGCAUCAUCAACGGGUUCGUGCAAGAGGUGGUGGGGCACUACUAUCCCACCGAUGCUGACGUCAUCGAAGACUCUGAGCUCCAGAGCUGGGUUCAGGAUAUCUUCAUUCAUGGAUUCCUGAAGAACAAAUCCUCAGGAAUCCCCGCGAGCCUCGCCACCGUGCAAGAGCUAGCCAAGUAUAUCACCAUGGUGAUCUUCAGGGUGUCCACCCAACAUGCAGCUGUCAACAGUGGACAGUUUGACUACCAGUCCUCCGUCGCGAAUGGAUCCCUGCUGCUGUGCAAACCACCACCAACCACUAAAGGAGAGUCCAGCUUACAGACUAUUUUGGACACGUUCCCCAAUGUCGGCGAGACAGUGAGCUUCGUAGCGUUGGCCGCUCUGCUGUCUGAGACGUUCAAUGAUUUUGUACCUCUGGGUUCAUACCCGGAGGAACGCUUCACUGAGCCUGCCCCCAAGAGGAUGAUCGCGGAGUUCCAGAAGGCCCUGUCCGACUUCAGUGCCGAGGUCACAGCCCGGAAUUCACAACUUAAAAUUCCAUACACGUACCUGUACCCACCUGAGAUUGAGAACAGCAUUGCAAUUUAAGAAAGCAGGCGGUGGUGGCGCUGUUGUUACAUUGGCUGCUUUAUAUGUAACUUGUUUGCAGCAAAUUCAUAACAACAACAUCAUCAAAUAUUGGAUUUUGGGCAUAAAUAAUGAACGUAGCUAUGAUAAGUGUUUCAUCAUACAAAAUUCCGACAUAUUCCUUGUUUAUUUCAGUCUAAUAGGCUCAGAUAAGUAGCGCAAGUAGCUUGAUAUACGGUGUACAAAAAGUACGUGUUGCUAAAGCGGGAUUUAUUCUCAUCAUCACAAGCACACGACUGCGCAGAACAAUUUCUAACAUAAAAAAAAACAUAUCUAUGAAAAUCGAGUGGCUACAAAUGAACGUCCUUCCACCCAUUCAACGGUGCAACUGAAGCCUAAAAGAAAGACUAAAGACUAAAAAAUGUUGCUCAUGUUUUAUAGAUCAUUGUCUGACACUAAUUCAAAUAUCCAGAUAGAUAGCAUUUUCACACAUAUGACGGCUUAUCACAAAAGAUCAUAACAAAACCUGCUAAAGAAUUUGAAAACAGCCGUGUCAAAUAGGAAUUCAUCAAAAUAAGGGUGACUCUUCUUCUCUCUGACUGUCUUAAUCUAUUGACCUCAUCACUUAAAUCAUGAGUGUGAUAUUACAUUCUAUUACAUGAUAUUAAAUGUUAUGAACGUGGUGGUCUGCUCUGGGAGAAUUCUUCAUCUAGGAAACCUUCUCUGACUUGUGGAUGGAACAAACCUCAAAACUCUUUAUUAAAACUUAACCGUGUGAAACUCAUCA